UUGCUUCUCCACAGGGCGGCCGACGGCCUAUCCGUGACCACUUUUCUGCUCUUUAUCAUGGGCACGGUGGGCUCGGUUUUUGACUGUCAAAGUGUCGGGCUUUUCUACCUCAUUGAGAUUCUCAGUCUUCAAGCCCAAGCCGAUGGAAAGAGCCGUGGAAAUGACACAAGUUCGUAAGGAGAGAAUUGAGACAGAGGAUGAAAAGCGUCUUGGGAAGAUCUCUGAAACGGUGCAGUCUAUCAAUACCCGCCUGACUGCCGACGAGGAAAUAGAUGAGCUGUUGAGUCACGGCGAAUGGUGGAAUAGAGUGGACAACAAUUUUAAAGAACUGAGAGAGAUCGCAAAGCGCGUUACUGCCAAUGAUACUGCAUGGGAUUUUCGAAGGAACAUCGAAAAUUAUCUAGCCGACGUCCUUUAUAGGUUGAACGCCACCAGUCUCAGUGAUGCACGUCCCGCAGCAGUAUAGUCAAUGAGAAGAGGCCAGUUCCAGAUCUCCGUUCAGUUCCGAAUUGAGCAGCGUUGCAAGUC